AUGGAUUCCCAUACUUCGACAUCAUACUCGGCGGGUGGCAGAGAUUCCUUCUCAGAGAUAUCAGCAUGCUCGACAGUAUUUUUGCCAUCCAUCCAGGAACCGGAACCAUCCGACUCUACUCCGCUAUCACCACAGCCUCCUCUACAGGACCGCCUUCCACCUGCCCCCCAUGAAGCGCACCAGGACUUUAUUAUACCACAAAUAGUGAUUCCCAGAAGAAUCCUUCAAAGCAACACACGAUUGUCACAGUACAGCCCAUGGCAACGUUGGGGGUCCUCUUGGCUCUGGGAGCUGGCGGCAAUGACACUCAGCUGUCUCUCUCUGUUGCUGACGCUUGGUACACUCUACUUCUUUGACGGCAAACCUCUAGAGUCGUGGCCUCUUUACUUUUCACUGGGCACCAUCAUAUCGACCCUGGCACAAAUAUCUCGCACAUCACUUGCCUUUGCCAUUACGCCCUGUCUUGGGCAGGCAAAAUGGAAUUGGUUUUAUCAGAGAGAAGACGAUGUGUUGCUCUUCAGAACCUUUGAUGAGGCGAGCCGAGGGCCUCUGGGAAGCUUACAGCUGCUCUGGAAGCUCAAGUACCGGCAUCUCGCUUCUCUCGGUGCUCUAAUAACUGUUGUUAUGUUCGGAUACGACCCUUUUGUCCAAGCCAUAGUCGACACCUCUGGGGACGAGGGCUUACUCGCAGGAAGCUCGAAAGCCAGGAUCCGAGCGUCGAGCAGAAUCUGCGUAGGAGAAGAGCAGACAACAGGAGCGCUGAUUUAUUUGACAAGCGUCCAUGGCUCCAUGGGACCAGAUGAGGUAUUUCUAAAAGAGAGUGCACUGACAUCAGACUUCGGCUUGACGCUUGCCGUCUACGAUGGAUUUGUCAACAAAUCUUCAGCUUUGACAGACCCUUACCAGCCACCCUUCUUCUGCGAGACCGGUAACUGCACCUUCACAAUUCUCGACUCCUUGGCGGUUUGCAGUACGUGCGUCAAUGUGUCAGAUCGUAUAGAAAAAGAGCGAGUACCCGAGGAAGGGACCACAUACACACGAUACACACUACCAUAUGGCCUGGAAAUCCUCAACUGGGAUAGCGCAAAGCAGCCAAAAAAUGCAUACCCAGUUCCUAUGGAAAGUCUAAUACCUAGACAGCGAUAUGGAGGUACCGAUCAAUCACCACUGGCCGCUGCAGGCUUAUCACCCAACCAAACUGUAGUCAAAGUCAUAGCAAACCGGUCCGAGUCCAUAUCAUUUGCCGACUUUGCCACUACCUUUGUUGUUUUCAGGAUUAUUCAGUCUACCCCGGAAUUUGUCAACAAUCUCUCGCCCUGGAACGCGACACUUCCACUGGCCAUGGAGUGCGGAUUAUCCUUCUGCGUCAACAGAUACAAAUCGAGCGUCAGUAAUGGCAUACUCCAUGAAUCCAUCAUUGGAUCGUGGGCCGAGUGGUCACAUCUGUCACUGUUGCCUCAAGAAGAAGAUCUGAGAAGCACAAUUGCCACGAAAGAACAAAGAGAAAAUUGGAUGCAUCCCUUCAACCACACACUGGGUAGCCCAACAGGCCUAGAGCCACACGGAAAGCUAUGGGACUUUCCUCGAUCUGAUUUACUGCUGGCUACACACCCCGAUCUCGAUCCCGGGGACCAUGGCCCUGGUGCUACUACGGUUUCCAACCACCUCCCCUACUUCAACAUCACCCAAAUAACACUAGCCUCCACAAUUGACUGGUUCAUUCACGUCUUUGCCCCCGAGCCAUUAAUGUAUCCAGCCACAACCGAUACCGUUAAUGACAACCCAGUAGCCGGAGCAAUCGCCAAAUCAAGCAACCUCAGUACCACCUUCGACAACGUCGCACGGAGCAUGACGGCCUGGAUUCGCGAAAACGAAGGGGUAUGGGUAACCGAGAGCUCCACGACAAAAUGGGUGUUCCGUUUCCGCAUCCGCUGGCCGUUCGUCACCGUUCCGGUGGCGGUCAUGGUAGCGAGCGCGCUCUAUCUUGGGCUCACCAUUUGGCAAACCCGCAGGCAUGGCGUGGAAGCGUGGAAAGAGGAUGCUUUGGCAGCAAUAGCACAUGGUCUUGAUCAGGAGAGCAAGGCAAAGAUUUGUCAGGCGGAAAGGGUGGGGUUGAAGAAUGAAGCGGCGAGGGGGAUGAAAGUUGCUUUGCGGCAGGGGAUGUAUGGCGAGGUUGAGUUGAAGGAGGUGGGGAAGGAGGGAUAA